AUGGCAACGUUUGGUAGGGCAAGACCUGCUCUGCCAGUAGUCGCAUGGUCUUGCGCCAUGGCCACGGCACUGGCUCUCGCGACGGUGGUGCCUGUUACGUCCGGAAAGGGAGACGAGGCGGCCGUCGUCUCAGGGAUCGCGGCCACCUGGGCGGCGUCCAGUGCGAACGUCACGUUGCUCUGCCGGUCGACGCCGUACCCGCACGCGUGCGAGACCGCGCUCACGUCGGCGGAGGCGCGGUCGGCGCGGGACUCGUUCGCGGCGUCCGUCCAGUUCGCGAUGGCUCGGGUGACGACGGCGCGCGCGCUGGCGCGGAACCUCUCCGCGUCCGCGUCCGCAGCGCCGCCCGCGCCGGCGCCGUCGGGCAUGCACGACUGCGCCGAGCUGCUCGGCAUCAGCCUCGCGCAGCUCCGCGACGCGCUCGCGGGGUCCGCGGCCGACGCGGACGGGGCCACGACGUGGCUCAGCGCCGCGCUGACGAACCAGGGCACCUGCCGCGACAGCCUAGCCUCCGUGCCGAUGCCGGACGAUCCCGUGGGCAGCGACGACGUGCGCAGGCAGGUGGCCGCGCUCGCGCGGUUCAUCAGCACCGCGCUGGCGCUGCACGUCAGGAAGGUCAAGGGCGGGAGCGGCGUCCCGCCAUCCACCGCGGCCGCCGCGCCGUCACAUGAAGGCGCCACGUUCCCGUCCUGGCUGUCCGAGCACGACAGGAGGCUCCUGGAGUCGCCGUCCCCGGCGACCACCAACGACAUCGUCGUCACGCCGGACGCCGUGGUGGCGCUGGACGGCAGCGGGACGCACACGAGCAUCAACGAGGCGAUCGCCGACGUCACGGCGGAGGUGGGCACCGAGGCGAGCGGCGGCCGUGGAGUAGGGGUCUCCAGGAGGAGGAAGGUGAUUCACGUGAAGGCCGGGCGGUACGAGGAGAGCGUGAGCAUCUCGUACCAGCAGGCGAACGUGAUGCUGGUGGGCGACGGCAAGGGGAAGACGAUCAUCGACGGCGACAGGAGCGUCGCCGGUGGAUACACCACCUGGUCCUCCGCCACCGUCGCUGCCAUGGGCGCGGGCUUCAUCGCCAAGGGCGUGAGCAUCCUCAACAGCGCCGGGCCGGGGCAGGGCCAGGCGGUGGCGCUGCUGGUGAGCGGCGACCGCUCCGUGGUGUACCAGUGCGAGGUGAAGGGCCACCAAGACACGCUCUUCGCGCACUCUAACCGCCAGUUCUACGCCGACAGCGACAUCUCCGGCACGGUGGACUUCGUCUUCGGCAACGCCGCCGCAGUGCUGCAGCGCUGCAACAUCCAAGCCAGGAGGCCCCGACAGGGGCAGCAGGACGUCGUCACGGCGCAGGGCCGCGCCGACCCGAACCAGAACACGGGGUUCUCCAUCCACCAGUGCCGGGUCACCGGCGCGCCGGACCUUGGGGAGACGCCGGUGUACCUCGGCCGCCCGUGGCGGAGGUACGCGCGGGUGGCCGUCAUGGCGACCGCACUCGACGGCUCCGUCGCGCCGGCCGGGUGGCUGCAGUGGUCGGGCCAGACCGCGCCCGCCACGCUCUACUACGGGGAGUACCGGAACACCGGCGCCGGCGCGGCGACGGCCGGACGGGUGACGUGGACUGGCGUGCACACGUCGAUGUCCACGGAGGAUGCCACGGGGUUCACCGUGGCGAAUUUCAUCAUGGGAGAUUCGUGGUUGGAUGCCACUGGAGUGAAGUAUACUUCGGGACUGUAA